GCAUCCGCGGCCGGCUGUGCGCCGCACGGACUCUUGUCUGUCCCUCUCUUUUCACCUUUCAUAAGAAUACACACUGAUCCAACGAGAAACCCGCACUGCUGGAUCCAGCGCACACUGCUCUUUGUUGGACUCCGCUCUCAGUGUGAAGAUGGUGUAUAUGGAAAGCUGAUCUAAGGAUCUGAAACUCUGUUUCCAGGCUGAUGAGCUGUGCUCUUUGAAAAUAUUAAAUAUUAUGGGCUGUGCUUGCUGUAAGCAGAAGAAGGCCAGUAAAGAUUUUGCAGUGUCAAAUGCCAACUCAUGUGACACAGGCAAUGGGACCCUGGCUUUAGAAAGCACCCGUUACAUUGCGGACCCCACUAUUAACUCAGGGCCAGGGCUGAUACCAAACUUCAAUGAUUUUCAGAACCAAAUCUCCCCUGGCUUCUCAUCCAACCUUAACCAUUCCCGCCCAGUCGGACUCACAGUAGGUGGGGUAACACUCUUUAUAGCACUCUAUGACUAUGAUGCUCGUACAGAGGAUGACCUGAGUUUCCAGAAAGCAGAGAAGUUCCAUAUUAUCAACAAUACCGAGGGUGACUGGUGGGAGGCCCGGUCUCUGGACACAGGGAAGUCUGGGUACAUUCCCAGUAACUAUGUGGCCCCUGUGGACUCUAUACAAGCUGAAGAGUGGUAUUUUGGGAAGUUGGGUCGGAAGGAUGCAGAGCGACAGUUGUUAGCCCACAACAAUCCUAGAGGAACAUUCUUAAUACGAGAGAGUGAGACAACGAAAGGAGCAUACUCUCUGUCCAUUAGAGACUGGGAUGAGACGAAGGGCGAUCAUGUCAAGCACUAUAAGAUUAGAAAGCUGGAUAAUGGCGGAUAUUACAUCACAACAAGGACACAGUUUGACUCAGUCCAGCAGCUGGUGGAGCAUUACACAGAGCGUGCAGCAGGACUGUGCUGCCGUUUGAUUGGCAGCUGUAGGCGGGGCAUGCCUAAGUUGGCUGACCUGUCAGUGAAGACUAAGGAUGUUUGGGAGAUUCCCAGGGAGUCACUGCAGCUUAUUAAGAAACUGGGCAAUGGGCAGUUUGGUGAAGUGUGGAUGGGCAUGUGGAAUGGCACAACUAAAGUUGCUGUAAAGACCUUGAAGCCAGGCACCAUGUCUCCGGAGGCCUUCCUGGAUGAGGCUCAGAUCAUGAAGAGGCUCCGUCAUGAUAAACUGGUACAGUUGUAUGCUGUGGUAUCUGAGGAGCCCAUCUAUAUCAUCACUGAGUUCAUGAGUCAAGGAAGCUUAUUGGACUUUCUAAAAGAUGGAGAAGGCAGGAAUUUGAAGUUGCCUCAACUUGUGGACAUGGCAGCACAGAUUGCUGCAGGCAUGGCCUAUAUUGAACGGAUGAACUACAUACACAGAGACUUACGAGCUGCCAAUAUCCUGGUCGGAGAUGGUCUGGUCUGUAAGAUUGCAGACUUUGGGUUGGCUAGACUCAUUGAGGACAAUGAGUACACGGCUAGACAAGGAGCAAAGUUUCCGAUAAAGUGGACCGCCCCAGAAGCUGCUCUUUAUGGCAAAUUUACCAUCAAAUCAGAUGUGUGGUCUUUUGGUAUCCUGCUAACUGAACUCAUCACCAAGGGCAGAGUGCCUUACCCAGGGAUGAACAACAGGGAGGUUCUGGAGCAGGUGGAGCGCGGUUAUCGAAUGCCGUGUCCGCAGGGCUGCCCUGCGUCUCUGCAUGAGUUGAUGCUUCAGUGCUGGAGGAAGGACGCCGAUGAGAGGCAUACCUUUGAGUACCUGCAGAGCUUCCUGGAGGACUACUUUACAGCUACUGAACCCCAGUACCAGCCUGGAGAGAACCUGUGAUAUACGCAAAUUCACACAUAUUCGCAUUAGUUCAAUAUAUAUCCUUCAGGAAAGAUGCCAUUGCCUUUACUUUUUAUCACAGUACCUCCAUAAACUGAUUUUGAUCCAGGGUCCCCUCAAUUACAGGCUUCUACUGAAUAUGCUUCAGUGCAAUUUAUCAUCAUGUGCUUUAAACUGAAAUUCCUUUUAAUAUACUGCUCUUAAAAAGCAAAAUAACAUCACUCCUCUGAAGUGUGAAAUAAUUUAAUUGGGCAGUGUUUAUGUUGUGUUUUUUUUUACUUCAAACAUGACAGCACUUAUUAAUGCAUCUUACAAACAUGACAGCACGUAUUAAUGCAUCUUACUCAAUCUCUCUGAUUAAGCAAUAUUAAUUAGUUAACUACUUAUUCAAGAUACAGCAUAUCAAUACCUGCCAGUUUUACUAUAACCACCGCUACAAUUGAAUGUUCUGUCUCUUUUAGACAAUUUAAGUCAUUUCUUAUGUGUGUCUAGAAGAGUUAUCCCAGGUAAACUGGAGUUUUGCUCUGAGAUAGAACAAAAUAACCAGAAUAACUUGAUAAGACAUUCUACAAUGACCUGGAUAACUGAGAAUCGUCACACACAUAUCUCUGAUUGGUGGAAUGUUGUAUGAUGAAUGUGACAUGCAAAUCUGCACUUCAGUCACGAUGAAGGCUCUUCCUUUUAGCUACUUUACAAUCACAUGUGAAUGUGCAUUUUUAAUUGUAACCAUUCAGUCACUCCUUUUUUCUGCAAGGGAAAUAGACAAAAAGAAAACUGAAUGCAAAGGUAUGACAGGGCCUUUGGAAGUCAAGUUAUAGAACCUUUCCAAUGUGAUGGUGUGCAUCCAAAGACUAAAUCAUGAAAUGACAGGUGAUGUCUAUGUGCAUGCAUAUGAAGGACAAAAACAUUUGAAAAUGUAUUUGAGCUCUUAAUUUGUUUCUUGGGACUGUUCCUUUUUCCAGUCAUGUUAUUGCUUUAUAAUCAUCCUUUUGUCUAAUUUUGAUGCUUACAGUCUCUUACUUGUAUCAUUGAUAGGGAUGUACUAUAAAGCAGCAUUGUUGUAAAAUAAUGGACUUUAUUGUGGUUUUAAGGGUGAAUCUCACAAACCUGUUAAGAUUAUGUCCAGGUUGUAUUUCACCCCAAACUCAAAAGAACGAAAGAAAAAGUUAUAUUUCAUUAAAGAAAAGGAAGCCUAUCUUAGGGCGUUAGAGAUUUUUUGCAUUGUUACAUUAUUUUCAUGACAGUUAGGUCCCACCCCCCCCCCCUCCCAAUUUUCAUUGUGUAAGUCAAAAUAAAUCUAACUCUCAUAGCUGUUACGUGAGAAAAAUUAAUAUUAUUUCAAUUGUUAAAGGGAUAGUUCACCCAAAAACUACUGUUUCUUUGUUAUUGUAUAGUUUCUUGUAUUUUUUACACUGUAUUUUACAUCUCAUCUCAUAUCUCAUUGAUUUGGUUAUAAUUUAAGUGGAUAUCAAAACCUGUGCCUUUAUUCAGGGGCAGUGAUAUUCUAAAGGGAUAGACCGUAACCCUGAACUGAAGAAUGUGUAUUCAGUUAUGUAAUGUUUGUGCCAUUUUAUUAUACUGAGCUUACUGAACUGAACCCAUGUGUUGAACAUUUUUGUAUUAAUUUGAGUGCACACUCACACACUUUACUGGACAUGACCACACUUUCACAUAGAUAAACAAAUACAAAUAUAUAUCAAGAACUGAGACAAACAUUCAAUUGUCACAGCUUUGCUAUUCAUUUGCUUGUUUAACUGAGGGUAUCCACUAGAUGGCAGAAAAACCAUGUGGGGAAUGGGGGAGAUGUGCAGGGUUAUUAGUAUGCUGUACUUGUUUUUAUUAAUUAUCCUGCUGGGGUUUGUAGUCAUGAUGGUACAUUCAGUACCUGUGCUGUGCUGUUACUUUGUUCUUGCUGCAGAUAUGAGUUUUAUGUUUCUGAAGCAGCUGGUGAGUGUACAUUGUGCUGCAACAGGGUAGCUUGUUCAGCUGCAACCCUUGUGAACGUGUGUCAAUGAUUCAUUUUUAGCACAUUAAAGCAAUUGUCCCUGUUUAUAAAAAUCA